AUGAAUUCUUAUGGAGAAAGAUUGAAAAAGAAAAGGAUAGAAAUCUUUGAAUGUCCAAUUAAUAAAUCAGAUAUAGACUAUCAUGCAAACUAUUGCGUUUUUCUUUGCAUAUUCUUAUAUGCAAACUUGCAGUUUAUUGAUACUCGUGUGUAGGUGCUAAAUGAUUAUGAAAAAGAAGAGGAUAAGGAAUUACAAGCAAAAGAAAUAAAAAAUUCGUCGGAGAAAAUUAAAAAAGAUGAAAGAACAAUAGAUGGCGUAAAAGAACAACUGGAUGAAACAAAGAAAAAAAAGUUGAUAUAUAGACUAUGGAUAGAAAUACAUAUUAUAAUAAUGGAAGAGUGUAAGAAAGAUGAAUUGGAAUUAAUAAGGAAUGAGUAUCUUAAGUUAUACAUAGAGGAAUAG